AUGUCUCGGCCGGCAAAACGAGCACGAUGUGAGUUGACCCUUCAACAAAAAGUGCAGCUGAUAGAAGAUUUUGAUAAAACGCCUCGACCUACACAGAAAGCAUUAGCAUCAACAUACGGAAUCGGCAGACAGACUGUGUCUGAUAUUUUGAAGAGACGGGAUCAUUACAUUAAGAAGUUGGAAAUUAACAUGAAUGAUCAAGCUAAGCGUGUGUUGGAGAACAGCAAAUUUGACAAGAUCAACACCAUGACACAUGAAUGGUUUAUGGCAGCUCGAAGUAAAAGCCUGCCGAUUUCUGGACCUAUUCUUAAAGAAAAAGCUGUUCAGUUUGCUCAAAAUUUAGACAUUAAUGACUUUAAGGCAUCAGAUGGCUGGUUAACAUCAUGGAAAACACGAUACAGCAUAAAACAAUUCAAAGUCAGUGGCGAGAGUGCCAGUGUGAAUGCAGAUGAUGUAGCAACAUUUAAGUCCCGCCUUCCAGAUUUGACUGACGGCUAUUCUGCAGGCGACAUCUUCAAUUGUGACCAGACAGGUCUCUUUUUCCGAGCUCUCCCGACAAAACUCUUGCUUCCAAAUUACAUGCAGCAAAAGGUGGGAAAGUGUCGAAAGAACGAUUAA